GGCCAAGUUAAAUCUUGUGUCCAGUAACUCGGUGACCUCUGGUCACUUAACCUAAUGCUUGCUUCUAUUAUAGGGGGAAUUGAGGUAAGAUCGAAGUGUAGUGGAGUCUCAGGGGAUUGUCUCAUGAAAAUCAUUUGUUUUCUAUGUACAGUUAGUACUGCCUCGUUUAGUCUUUUUGUCUUACCAUACAUAGCCAACGAGAUUAUAAACUAGCCACUUUCAUUCAUAUGUACAAAAAAUAUAAUCUUUCUACCCAUUUUGACUGUCACUUAGUAGUCGAACAAUAAAGAUAUGUUGAUUAAGGUUGGAAGAUUUUUGUCCCAAAGUGACCUAUCCAGUCAAUUAUGUUUGUUUUUUUAACGAAACUAAAAUUUUAGUGUCUCCACUUAUUAUGAUUUUGACUAAAGAAUGAACAGGGAGAAAGGAGGUUGUUAAUCUCUUCAUCAGGGAGCUGUUUAUUUUGAUAUACAAAUCCAGAAGCCCUGACAGCUGUCGGAUCAGUGUCCCUGAAAACCCAAGUCAAGCAAUCUGGCUUGCCUGGGUCAGGAAAUGAGUCACAAAGAACGCAAAGGAUACUUUGCCUGAGGUUCAUAUUCCCCGCAGCCACGAAAACCAGAUGGGGUCACGUUGUUGCCAGAAGGGCAAGAGAGGUGGAAGGGAAGCGUGAGCUACCCUAGUGUUCGGGGCUGGUAAGAGCCGCUGUCCCCUAAGCAAACGAACGCAGAAACCCACUCCACUGCCCGGAGCCCCACAAAACGGCGAGCCACCCCCUAAAAGUCCAAUCUUCUUGGGUGGAGAAAAGCCAAGGCAGAAGGGAAGGACCAGACUAGAAAACCAGAAGCAUAAACGAAGCUAAGACUAUGUGAAAAAAGCCUUAAGUUCUGGGGAAGGUAGAAAGCGCCACAACCCAGGCCACGUGCUGGCAUUUCAACACGGGGGAAUCAAAACAAAGCUACGUGCCCCGCCCAGCACCUGUCACGUGACUUCCACGUGAGCCGGCGCUUCCGGGGGAGCCCUGUAGGAGCGGCGCGGACUCCUUCCUGUGGUGCCGUUUCAGGCCCGGGUUCUGGCCCCUUGGCUGACCCGAUUCCGGCCCGCUCCACUUUGGGUUCCGGCGGAGCCCGCCUCCCGGUAGCUAUGGCUGCAGGCUCGGGGGCGACCACUCAUCCGACCCUUGCAACUGGAGCUGGACGAGAGGAAGGUGAACAUGUCAAACCUUUUACGCCAGAGAAAGCAAAAGAAAUUAUAAUGUCUUUACAGCAACCUGCAGUCUUCUGUAACAUGGUUUUUGAUUGGCCGUCACAGCACUGGAAUGUUAAACACCUUUCUGAGGUCCUUCAUGGCAAGCAAAUACGAUUCAGGAUGGGAAUGAAAAACACAGGCACAGCCCCUCAGUUUGAAACUACAUGUAGUUAUGUAGAAGCUACACUUGAAGAGUUUCUGACCUGGAACUGUGACCAGCCUUGUCUUUCUGGACCAUUUAGAGAUUAUGAUCAUUCCAAAUUCUGGGCUUAUGCUGACUAUAAAUAUUUUGUCAGUCUAUUUGAAGAUAAGACAGAUAUUUUCCAGGAUGUGAAAUGGUCAGACUUUGGGUUUCCUGGAAGAAAUGGACAAGAAAGUACAUUGUGGAUUGGCUCCCUGGGAUCCCAUACACCCUGUCAUCUGGACUCCUAUGGUUGCAACUUAGUAUUCCAGGUACAAGGAAGGAAAAGAUGGCAUCUCUUUCCUCCAGAAAAUACUCCUUUCCUUUAUCCAACUAGAAUCCCUUAUGAAGAAUCCAGUGUGUUCAGUAAAAUCAAUGUUGUCAAUCCUGAUUUAAAGCGUUUUCCUCAGUUCCGGAAAGCUCAAAGACAUGUGGUUACGCUGAGUCCAGGACAGGUUCUGUUUGUUCCCAGACACUGGUGGCAUUAUGUGGAAUCCAUUGAUCCUGUCACUGUCAGUAUAAACUCAUGGAUUGAGCUGGAAGAGGAUCAUCUAGCCCGGGUAGAAGAGGCAAUCACCCGCAUGCUUGUGUGUGCCCUGAAAACUGCAGAGGACCCCCACAAUACCAGAGCUUGGCUAAAUCCUACUGAGGUUGAGGAAACAUCCCAUGAAGUGAAUUGUCACUACUUAAAUGGAGCUGUUUCUGCCUUUUUUGAUCAUUACAGAACAUCUAAGGUAGUAGAAAUCCAAGCACUGAGAACAAACAGAGAGCACACAAAAGAGGAAGAAUUAAAUGUGUACAACUACAUGGGCCAAAUAUGUAGCCAGAAUUUAACCAUGGGAGCAGUAAAACAGGAGGCAACAAGUACCUUUGGCCCUGAUCUGGUCCCUGUAACACAGAGGUCUGAAGAACCACCUUCAGAAAGAGAAGGCAUAUUUGAAAGUGAUGGUAAAGACGUUGUUGACAAAGACAGAGAACACUUUGGAAAAUCGCAUUGUGCCAAGAGGCAGCAAAUGCAAUUGCACAGCGAGAAUGCAGCUGUGGAACAAAUUGCUUCAAAUAGUACUGUGGCCCCUCCUCAAACAUUUAUUUCUACAGAUGACUUGCUGGACUGCUUGGUGAAUCCACAGGUAACCAGGAUGGUGGCACAACUUUUGAUACAAGGAAGAAGUUUGUGAUUCUAAUAGAAGAUGACUUUUUAAAUAAUAUUUUUAAA